GUCAUAUGGGAACUCAUGGAUGGAAGCAAUCCUUAUGGUUUUUAUAUUUGGUAAGAAUUUAUCAUUAGAUAGGAUGUAUCUUUCUUUGAUCAUUCACACACUAGAAGUCUGUACAUGCUAAAGAGGGACUUGUUCUUUUAACUCCAGCUCUUAUCCAACAUUGGGAUUCCUCCUUUUCAAGUAGUUCUUUUAGAAUCCGUUAAUACGAGAUUGAGAUUCAAUCGAUAGCAGAUAGAUUAAUAAAAUUCAGUCGAUGUGACAAACUUACUUGAAGAAAAUUUGACAUUCAAAACAAAAGAGCUGUUGUCGAUGGAAAAAAGCUAUUACAGCUUGGAAGAACCUAUUCCAGGUAAGGUCGAACAGCAUGAAUUGCCCAACUUUCCAUUACUAGCUCGAUCAAUCAAUCCAGAUUUUUUGCCUUCCCCUUAUGUGUUCUCCCGUACUUCAGUUCCUGGUAUAGGGUAGUAGGGAACUGUCAGGACGCACGAGACGAAUCGACUGUCCCUGACGCUAGCAGGUGCUGGAGAAAGAGAAGCAAUCAUCUAGAACUUUGGGGGGAUGAAGCCCUUUCAACUGUAGCUUUCACUUUUUUUUUCAUGAUUUGAGUUGAGUCUAUCAGAAGAGGUUGAUGGUUGUGCCGACCAGUGGCUUUUCGCUCAUCUCUUUUGAAAUGGAGUGCCGUCGCGCUCGUUUUCUCCACCUAAGGGAAGGACAUUUGUUUUCUUAUUUCGUGCACCCGUGAAGUUCUAUCUGAUGGUGAAUUGGUUGAUGGUUCUGUCACCUCCCAAUCACUGAGUGUUUAUGGUCAUGGUCCUGUUGAGUAAGACAUGUAGGGUCUUUGUAAUUGAGCUUUCAUACUUUACUGAGAAGGAGAGGAAACCAAAAGCCUCAAUCCUUAAAUUAAAGCAAGUCCUUGAAAGUUGGAGAGAAAGAGCUCAACUAUCCAAACCGAUCCCAGGAGAAUCAUAGAUCCACUAGGCUAGAAUCGAACGAUGGACAAGAAUGGCCAGAUGCAAGGGAAGGACUCACUAGGCUAGCUGUUGAUGCCUUAGGGCGAUCGAGAAGAAUGCCUUGGGUUUUGGGUGCUCAUCCCUGAACACCCCCUUUCCCUUUUGCCUUAGGCAAAAGUUUGAACCUCAAUGAGAGCCAUGAGGUGAAAAUGUUGGUUAUCGCAUUCAAGUUCUUUUCUAACAGCCAAUUAUCAGGUCACGUUGAUCUGGGAGGACUAGGCGAUGCGAGAAUUCGCCCAAGACCUCCAAUCUGAAUCCGAACAGACCUGAUCCCUAAGCUUUCCGUCUCACUAGUAGGUGACGAGGGGAAUUCAAAAAAAGGAGUAAUUGCAUCUGUUGAUGCAUUCGUUCGGAUAUAUUUCAUUCCACAUGUAUCUCUUCUUUCUUCUAGAUGGCGAGUUUUCUUAUCUUGAUCUUUUCGAGACUCAUCUGAUGAAGGUGAUCACCCGAGCUUCUUACAGAGUCGAUGUAGGAUUGUUGCUUCCCUUCUUUCUCUUUCACCGGUGGUGAAAGCUCUUAAGGCUACCAUUGGUAGUAUUCUUCUGCCGGUAUAUAACCUUGUGCUAUGGGAUCAAACUUGUAUCCCAGGGCAAUGGCUUCUUUCUCGCAGCAAGGGUAAGAGAGGUGGAGGAAUCCAUCCCCGAAACUCAAAAUGGGGUCUUUGGUAUUCAUCCCACGCUUCUUUCUUCUUAACUGGCUGCUUAGAGAGUGACGCUGGUUUGAUAUAAUGGUUGAACUCUUAAUCAGUCAGGCCCCUUGGUGUAUUGAUCCACAUAGGAUGCGGAGGUUCAGGGGCACAUCCGGUACCUUCGCGUAUGUGUCAUCUCCACUCCAACAUACUUAUGUUCUUACAGAAUGCCCAUGCCUUGGUUCUUGUUUGAGCACUGCGCUAGGGGCACCACAGAACGGAGAGUGUACUAGCAUCCCUUUGCUUUGUUUGAGCGCUAAGCUUUGUUCGCUUCGCAAGUGACGGUUGUGCUCCUCUUCCUUUGCAGCUUUCGUACACCAGGGAGGCUAGUUAAGCAGCCUCCUCUCGUCGGUUAUGUCGCUAAGGAAGCUGCAGGAUCCCAUGAAUUCGAGAUUGCCUGUGGAAGUGGAAUAAGUCAAAAAAUGAUGCCUCUCCCUUCUGUCUGGGCUACCAUGCUCUUGUGCUAGAGCAAUGCGAUCAGCUUCAUCUCAAGCAGGUGUGAUCAGUCUUAUUUGAAUCAGUUUUUCUUCUUUUUCUUUGCCUCUCUCUCACUGAUCAGGUGUGAUCAGUCUCAUCCAUAUAAGAAUUUGGAAUUCCUCUUCCAACCCAUCCCGAAAUGGGCAUUAUGGCAAAGAACAAGAAGAAAAAGAAAGAUGUUGAAAACUAUCCAGCAGAUAGUAUGGAAUACUCUUAUCAAAACGAGCACUAUACUCUUUCUUAGUUUAGGACAGAAACAUACUCAAGAAAUGCAAAGGUAACCCUAAAUAUUUCAUAUUACCUUAGCUCAAAGGUUGUUUACUUAGAUAUUUCUUAUCAAAGCAAGGAAUUCAUUACAGGCGAAAUCAAAUUAGAACCUAUUUUCGCACCCCUGUUCGGUGGUUUGAGAAAAAAAGUCAAGACAUUCAGAAAGAGAGUUAUGGACCGUUCGUUUCAUAUUUAAAACAUGGGAGAUUACCGGAAGAACUUCACAAAUGUACGGAGUUGAAAAGAAGAGUCACACAAGCCAUUUCGUGAAUCAAUGGAAUGUCUGUUUAUCCAUAUCUAUUCUAUCUUUAUAUGACAGGCCAUAGUGAAGUCUUUUAUGGCUUGAUAUAAUCGUGCCGAGUAGUCACAUAUCAGCUGUGCUCAAUAUGCGGGAUGGAGCAGGGGCGGAAUCAUAGACUAUAGAUUCUCCAAGAUCGAUCAGGGAAGAGCUUUAUAUACUGGGUCCAAGGAUGAUGGUCGCAACAUUCCAACCAUCUGCGCUUCCACCAAUGACUUCAGGCUCAAGGCAGGGAGCCUCUAUUUCUAUAUAGCCCGUAUCCUGGCCUUAUCAAUGAGUCUUGUGCCUUUCCUCAUCCCUCAAAUCUCAGCUUAUGAUGAAACUUUUAUCAUCCGAGAUGAUGACUCCCUAUGGAGGCACCCCUCGUAAGCAACUCGGCAACCCCGUAGGCCUCCUCGACUGACGUUAAAAUAGAAAGUCCAGAGAAAAAGUACUCGCAUUCAUUUAGAGUAGAAAGGCGAGCUGCUGAGUGGUGUCGUGGAAAAGCAACCAUAACGGGACUGGGUCGAUACUCAAAUCACAAGCACUUGGAAACUCACAGGGAGGUCGGAACAGAGGUGCCGUUAAAGAGUGACAGCAAUAGAGGCUCUGAAGGGUCCGAAGGGGGCUAACUACAUUAUUUAUUUUAAAUUAGAAUAAGUCAAAGGAUAGGCCUGAACAAGUAGACAGAAGAGAAAGUAAAAAUAAUUUUUUUUGAAUUUUUUCUAGUCUUUUCGGUCAUCGAGAGUGACUAAGUCAGUAUCAAGAUGCUAAAAGAUAGAAAAGAUUAUGCACAAAGUCGUCCACCAGGGGAUGCUGUCAUCAGCAGCAUCGGAAUUGAAUAAAGAGCGGUUCGUGAUUUCGUGAUUAGGUGGUUAAUGCUCUAAACGUCUAAGCAGUCUUUGGUUACUAGCAGUAGUCACAGUAGUGGCAUUCCCAAUGAUCCUUGCCCUUGUAGUUGCAGUGAAAGUGGCAGAAAAAAGGGAAGCAAGUGCAGGAAGGUAAGCAAUCAGGUAAUCCAUUUCAACUGAGAAUUUUCUUAUCAAGCAAACUAUCGGGUAGAAAAUGAGUACUGUACCUGAGAAGCUUCCCAAGUAUUGUAAAGGAAAGGAAAGGAAACCCGAAGUCUGCUAGCACUCACUCUAACUGUUGGAAGGAAUAUUGAUUUUUUAGUUCCCGUAUCUAUCUAUUCUAUUGCUGCAAAUGGUGAAUAGUCUUCACCGUACUCUUCUUUACUGAGUGAGCCAGGAACUCGAGAAGCAGAUCUUGGUUGUAACCUAAUAGUUGAUAUUGAUUUCAUAUUUCUAGCUGAAAACCUGUACUACGCCAUAGAUGCAAAUGGAACUAUGGGAACCUGCCCUAUGAAAUGAGAGGCGGGGAAGAGAAAAAAUGACUCAUCUGCCCAAAGAAAGAGUCCUUACGUGACGAGAAUCAAUUUUAGAGAUCAAGUCCUCGGACAGCAAGCGUGAGAUCGAAUAACCAACUAAGAUAACAUUGUUAUACGAGCCCCCUAUGCACCGUUCCCAAUGGAGGACCGAUCGAUCCGAUGGCUGAGAAACGUUCCAAUGGUGGUUCAUAUAGAUUGGAGAUCUCCAUGAAUUUGCUAAAGUCAAAUGGUAUUUUUCAUUUUUUUUAGUAAGGAGUCGUUAGUACUAUCGAGGCCCUCAUUCUCUUCUUCCGAAUCAGGCCGACACAUAGUGUUGGAAUGGGGAUCAACACCACUGAAAGCGACUCCAGUAGGUAUCCGGGGUGGCUGCCCAAUCGAAUUUUCUGCAAUAAAAGUCAAUCUGUUGUUAUUCUACUACACUUCAUAUUUUCAGAAGUUUCUCUCUAUUUUCUAAGCCGAAUAUGUUUCAAGAGAAGUUUCUUCAUAAGAUAACCGCUUCAUCCUUACCCCGAUCUUUUUUAUCUCGUUAGGUAACGUAGGGGGCAAUUUCGAUGUAUUAGUCGGAAUCACAGCCAACCGCUAUAUCCAGGGAUCCAACAAAAUCAUUAAACCUGACGACUGCUCGCUCUUUGAUCAGUGAUUCAUCGGCCACUAGAUCAAUGAAGAAUCUCUCAAAAAUUCAUUUUUUGAUCAGUGAUUCACCAGCCACUACAUUCAGGGAUCCCACCUUAUUCUCAAACCUGGUGGCUCGAUUGUCGGAGGAAAAAAACCCAGCUCUAGGGGAAAUGAAUUUAGGAAGAAUCCGAUCCCAAGUGACAUUGAAUCAGUUGGGGGUAUAAGCACUGCUAUUUCAGUAGUUGGUGAACUCAACCUAAGGUAGCCUUUUCUUUCUCUUAAAAGCGAUACCACCUAAUUCAAGAAAGGCCAAUAGCAGCUGAUGAAACUAUAGCAUGAAAUCGUGAACACACUGCAGCCACACUCAGAUCUAAGCGCUUCUUUCAUGAAAGAAAGGGACUAAACUAGCACUUAAGGAAAGAAAGAAAUGGAUCAAACGAAAAGAAAAGCUUAUUGGCAGCUGCCAACUUAACGAAUGGUAAGAGAUGCGUGCGCUAGAUUCACUCUUUGUUUUUUGUCUAAUUGGCAUCCAAGUCUUUUCCUUAAACUCCAUAGAUUUAGUCAGCCUCAUAUUCAGCGACUCCAAUUGUACAAAAAUCAGAGAUGUGAAGCCGCACUUAUCCUUUUAGCAAAAAUUGGAUCUCUGGUCUGAUCUAUUUGGCUGAGAAAAAGAGAUAUGUGAGAUUUCAUAUGGAAGGGGCUACUCUUCUGGCCCCAACCUUGGGAUGACGACCUUGUUUUGAGAGCUUCCUAUGCUUGAAUAAACCACAUGAUUUCAAUGGCUUAAUAAUCAACAGAAAGGGUCUUCACUGAAAUUUGUUGUGUCUCACACUUUGAUGAGUGGAACCUCUUGUCCCCUCUAAUCUGCUAUGUUCUUAGCAUGCAUGAUCUGGUGCGUGCGCCUAUUAUAGUUGUCGAAUGGGCUUCUUUCCUUAGACUUUAUUAUAGAUUUUUUAGCCUAGCAAAUGAAGAGCAAAUCUUUUCAUACUGGGAUCAGCAGGGGGGAAUUAGUGUAAGGAAAUAGCAAACCAUUUAAACCCAUAGUGCGAGGGGAAGCGAGCCCGGAACCAAAGAGGCAAGUCCCACACAUAGCUAUUGAUAUUUGAAGUUAGUAAGCACCUGGCCAUUUCUCCUGGCAAUGCAAGAGAAGAGAUAAUAAGAAGAAAGAAAUAUCUAUCACCAUCCCUUUCUUUAAAGAAUCCAGAUCCCAAACCAAGUGCCAUCGAUUUAACUGGAGGAAAGGUAGAUGGGAGUGAUCCCAGACCAGACCCGGGGUCGAAAGGGAAGCGAAAAAUAGAGCAGGUCUUCCCCAAAGCUGGUUAUCCAUUACUGGAAGAGUUUAGGAAACACCGAUCUUUUUGGCAUAAUUGACUUUUCUUUGAUAUAGUGCAACUUUUAAAAAAACCCAUAUUUUUAGUCAAACAAAUUUUUUUUUUUGAAAUUCAACUGCGCUAUAACUUACAAUUUCAAUAAAUCUUUCGCAAAGUCAAAGUAAACUAUGCUCUUACCUCUUAGUCGAGUAUCUCCGAACUUGAAAGUUGCACGAUUAAUAGGGAAAGCCUCCGUUCCAUAAAAGAGAUCUUGCUUCAGUCUGACUGAACCGGUGAGGAAAAUCUCGAUAAAAAUGAUAAAUCAAAUCGGCUCAAUGGGUUCAAAGGGCUUGUCCUUUCGAACCGUAACAAACACUCGCUCGGAACCUAAAUGGCGGACAAGAGCUCUUGGUCCACGAAUGCCUAUUAGAGCACCAGCUCAUUCCCCUCCUUCCUGCGGAACUAGAUUGUCGAUAUCGACCAAAUUUGUACUAAUUGAAGAAGAAAAAAGAUCUUUUUUCUGCAACACUGCCUCUGAGUCAGGUUGAUAUUUUCUUAUCCCACUCUAGUGCUGGGAGGAAGCCUUCUUUCGCUAUCGGGAUACGUUGGACUGAAAAAAGGCAAUGGCCUCCUUUACUUGGCCCAAGAUUUGUUGCCAAAGCUAAAGCAUUCGGGUAAGGGAUUCUUUCUACCUAUUAGUAUAUAAGUCGGCUAGCUAGCCUUACGAAUCUAAAGCUAGAGCUAUUAGCACUAGGCUAUUCGGACACUAUGGUCUAUGCUUGCUUGCUGCUUGCUGGUCACUUCAUUCCAGACUUCCGAUCCAUCCCUUUUUUUCGAUUGAAGAAAGUCUUAUAUGGUCUCAAACAAGCACCCAGAGCGUUGGUUUGAGAAAUUCAAGAUGGCCAUGGUGAAUGAAGCUGGAUUCAGACAGAGCUCGUGUGAUCAUUCUUGGUUUGUUCGUUAUACGGCUUCUGGUAUGGUUAUUUUGUUGGUCUAUGAUGAUAACAUUAUGAAACUAGGAGAUGUUGGGAAUCGAGCUUACAGAAGACUACUUUUGUUAUGGUGGUGUGAUUCUACUCUUCUUUCUCUUUUCUCUCUGCAUUUAGCUUAUACAUAAAAUAAAGCAAGACUGAAAAAGGAAUGAAUAGCAGUAUUCAUGAAUUCUUUCUAAUAGAAUAGUUUACUAGGCAGUCAAAACUGGGAAGGCAGGCAAGUCAAACCCAUUGGAUUCAUUUCCUGUUCCAACCAUUCAAGCGAAGCGAAGUGAUUCAACUCUUCAGUUGCCUCCAUUCCCAAGGGAAGCAAGCCAGUUCUUCAAAUGAAGGCAGAGAAGGCUAAAGUCAGGUCCCGUGAGAGCUCAGUGUGCUUUAUGAUGGAUCAACCAUUAGGUUAUUACUCUUCUUGACCGCUCUUUGCCUUGUCAUACCAUUUUUUGGUGUGGACUGCAGCAGAUCUGGUUUACCCAGAUCGAUUAAAUAAGUGUCUGUAGAUGCAAAGUAGUGUGUUUCAAUAUAUGGUGUUCUUUGUCUUUUUUUAUUGGGGAUCUACUUCGAUGCUUACUGGAGAUAGACUCCCAGGAACAAGCAGCCAAAAAGCCUACUCUUGUGGCUUGCAGCGUAGUGAGAACUAUGAUUUUAGGAACUCCUUGAGAAGAACCACAAGCAAAAUGUGCCAGAGUAUUCUCGAAAAGCCGGGUGCCCGCCCGCAGAAGAAAGGGCCAAUUCUAUGAUCAAAGAUCGGCCCAUUGGAUGGAAUCAACGGCCCGGGAUUGAGACCUCGUUGACCCAGUCACUGAUCCAGUAAAGUAAAGCCUUGAUUUUGGUCUGACUUUUUGAGAAAUUUGGGGUAUUGUCGCUAACUAUAAAGGAUAAAAAAGAGAAUCUUAUUUAAAAUUUCUUAUUCUAUCUUCAGUACUGUCUUUUGGUUACUGGGUAUAGUAGGAGCCAUGUCUCUCGAGAAAGAUGACCCUUCGAUCAUUUUUCACUUUAGUUAUAAAAUAUAUAUUCAUUUUCGAAAUCAACCCUUCGGUCACUUUUCGAAAAUGAUAUAGAGAAUAUUUUAAUCGAAAGGUUGAAACUAUAAUGAAGACUAUAGGGAUAAGAAUCUUCUCUCUGUAGCUCAACAAUUUAACGAAUCAAAAAGUGAUAUUUAGUUCUUACCCAGAUGGGCAUUUAUUGAUAUUAAUGUUGUUUCCAAAAAAAGUGAAGGGGCCCACCUCACCACUCCCCCUCCCCUUACAUGGAGGUCACAAAAUAGAAGAUGAGACCCACCAUGACUCAAAUUUGUGGCUCGAUCCCGCGAGAAAUUUUUUGAUUGAACGAAGCCAAGGGACGAAUGGGAAAUGCUUUAGGGAACAACCAAGUACCAUCCGACAGUCUUGAAGAGUGAAAGAAGCAGAUAUUCCUGGCACUGUGCACACAUCAUAUCUCGUUGCUGGCUCUCCCCGAAUCACCCAUAGAUUCUCAUUGAAAUUUCUUGUAUUAAAAAAGAUCGGCCUAAAGAAGAGAAGCAAGAUGUGGGGGUUCAAUUAAUGACCCCAAAGGGGCCCGAGUGGACCAUAGUAACUCGACGAGUCACUGACUCAUGAGAUCCAGCCUUGAUUUUAUAAAGCAGUUAUUCCAUUUUGUUCAUUCCGUUGGAGUGGCACGAGAGUGCUUCACAGGAUUCGAACUUUUUUCCAUCAAUCAACCGUGCUUUGUGAAAGAGUGUGCGGUAUUGCCAUAAUAAAAAAAUCGGCUGCGAGGGAUCAGGAUCUCUUUUCUGGCAAUGUGGAGACCUUCCCUUUCUACUUCGUUCUCACUAGCCAUUUCGACCAACUCCUCAUGACUCCUCAUUUCUGGUUGGGAAUGAGUUUUCACUAACUCACUUUCUGAUUGCGAGUUUCUCAGUCUGAGUAGACUCACGUCAUCUUUGUCAAUCAUUCUGUCUUCUUUAUUGUAGAACCUAAUGUAGUGGUAGAUCUUCUUGCGGAAAAAUUUCAGUAAGUCUACAAGGGACGAGAGAUCGACGAUCUGGUAUUCAAAAUUUUGGGCAAUCUCAUCAACCGCCCCAAGAAAGUCGAAGCUUUCUCGACCUCUUACGCAGUACUUGCUCUGGAGCCAAAUCGUUAUUGCCUUUCACCCCUUGUUCUCUUGCUUUCAUUGUGAAACCUUUCAUCUGACAUUCUAUCUAUAGCUAAGCAGCUAGAUCCAUUCCUAUUCUUUCUCACCUGGAGAUAAUCGAAUUCUAGAGACUAAAACAGUGAAGGUUGCAGUGAUAGCAGCUACUCCAGCACAGACUCCUCAGGCAAAUCAGAAUCAGAAUAAGAUCCAGGAGUGCACUAAGUGUGGCCGACCACAUAAAAGAGAUUCUUUGCCUGCCUUGACUGAUGGAUUGGUUGCGUCCACUUUGGGUUGACUUAUUGUUUACUUACUCCUUAGGACUAAUCGAGGAUGAUUCGAACAGAGGGUUUCGGACGGUCUAGCCUUUGUGUUUUUCAAUUCGAUAGUGCCACCUCGUUUAGUUAGUUCUCCAAUUCCUACCAAUUUUUUCAAUAGACUGUCCCUUCUCGUUUGGAAAGAAUAAAUUAUAGCAGUUAAUCGCUAUCUGGAAUUAUUGCCCCUUUCGCUACCAAGAAAGAGUAAACUCGAACAAGAGUCAAGAAGGGUAAUAAGGUUCUUUAGCCAAUUUUAGGAAAUGGUACAAAGUGGCUCCGAAGGAUCUGAAGGGGGCUUAACGCCCUUGCUCAUCAUUUAUCUUAGCGAGUUGGCUCCUCUUACUAAUGUAUAGUACUACAGCAUAGAAGAACUUGGUAUUAUUAUCGCCUCUUUCAGCCACAUCAUGCGUGAUGUUUAUCGUCAGAAAAUAUCUUCUUUCAGAUGUAACUCCACUAAGUACUUUCUUGCAUUCUCUGGGGCUGCUAGAUUUUGCUCUGACGGGCACAGUUUAUGAUUAUGUUGGCACUUGCACUUGAGGACUUUAUCCUUACCUCAGCUUGAGAGAUAUUUUGAAAAGAUCUUCGAAAACCUCUUUAUUCCACAUUCGCAGAUGAGCCUUUAGUCUCUUCAGCUUGAUAGAGAGGCUAAGCACCGACCGAGCAUGCGGCAUUAAACUGCUUCAUGACCUCUUUCUUGAUUUUUUCUGAUCAUUCCGGACGCAUUCGAUGGAGCUUUUGCUUAAAAGGCUUGGCAUUCGGAUACAACAGUAGACGAUGAACAACUAGAUUUGUGUCUAGGCCUGGCACUCUUGGUCUUUUGCACCUGACUCCUGAUCUGCUUUUGGGGAGUACCUAUAAUAUAUAUCAGUUUCGUCUCAAUACGCUCCGUCACUUACUGCUACUGGUUUACUUUGCUCCUUCCCUUUGUCCCUACCUUCGAGCACAACAAGUAAUCAUAGUUUGGAUUCUACAGCGCUCGUACACCUAAGGCGCUAUAAGCAAAGCCUUUCUUGACUUGAGGUAAUCAUCAGAGCUGUAGUUGGGAUACACCUUGGGAAGCCAAGGUUCUACUUAACACAGUGAAGCUGAACUUGACCACCACCUACAAGACGAUGGACAUUGAUGGCUGAAAGAAGGUUGGCAGCUCCCUGCCUAUGAGUCGGGAGGACCUUGAUUGCUGCUGUCGCUCUCCAAUCCAAGAUGCGAAAACGGUUCGCGAAAAAGAGAAUAUUGAUGGAGAGAAAAGACAUGCACUCCCUCGAGAGGAAAUCUGAAGCUUUCACUUAGAGAAACAACUUACUGAAAUGCUGGAUCUCAUUAGCAGAUGUCAUCCUGAAAUGCCAUAUGAUGAUGAUCGAUCAAUUCACCACUUCACUUACUUCAUACCGGCUUGAACAAGGAAAAUAGCACUAGAAAAGCAAAUAGAUAGAGUACGAGACGGAACUAAAUAGGUUACGAGUGUGGAGUAGCGAAGGGGCUUUGAGGCAGGCAAGGAUGAUAUAGCCAACUCAAACAUUAACAGGGCAGAACAUAAUCCUCAGGAGUCUACAGACUUGGUGCCACCUUCACAGGAGGUUAACACAGAGGCCUGCACCUCUAGAUUGGUGGGUAAGUCUUCAACUUCCAAGAACGUGGAGGCCAACUUAAAAACCACAGCAUGUGACUCGAGCAAUAAAGUACACACGAAGGCCAACUCCAUUAAAUCGGAUGGAAUACAACUUCAGAAGCAAAAAGCAGCAGAGGUGUCAUCUCCAGCAGCUCUGACAGGGGAGGGCCUCACAGAAGUAACAAGUUUUCAGAUUUCAUCCCCAAGCCUCAUAGUCUACUCAAUCUCCGGUUCUUAGCCAGAAUGUGCGGAUGAGGAAGCACGAAUGAGAGGCCAGUCUUAUCUGUUGUCAGAUUUGAGGAAAGAACUGCUGUGAUUAGCGAUGAAAAGGCGAAAGGCCUAGCUCUAACUUGAUCGGCCCUGAAGCCCUCCAAAGCAUAGGGUAGAGCCAUUUGAGGUAGUGAUCAAAGGAUUUCUUCUCAUUAGAGAAAGCUUUGUCUCAACGAAUCUUUUUCUACGCUUUCUAUUAUAUUAUGAUUCAGCAUCGAAAUAGAAGAGAUGCUUUUUCCUCUUACCUGCACCUGCCUUCCUGUAGUGAAUAUAAGGUUUAGCUCAUAUUAAGGGACAAAUAGGAGAAUGCCAACGGCUCCCAAUCUUCUUUUAGUCUUUGUCCAAAGAUCAGCCUUGCCUUAAAGAGGGGACAGAGUUGACUGAAAUAAGCGAGCUUUGCCUUUAUUGGAAUAAGAGCUAUUAGUAUAAGAGAAACGCAUAUGAUACGCCAUUUUCGGGCUUAGAGAAGAGGGGCAAGCCUAAACCUUCUAAGAGGGAAAGUGCUAAGACCGUUAAUGCCCCAUCUAGCAAGAUAAAAGGACUUAAAGCCUUUAUCUCAUGGUUUUUAAUCGGUUUCACUCAUUGAUUGCCACAGAUAAGCUUUUACGAGCAAGGGAGGAAGUGGAGCUAUCUUUUUUAAGCUAUUGAUCGCCCACUCCCAAGUUCGAGAGGGUCUUUCGCCUUUUUGAAGAGGAGUUCAGUCAUCUUGCAAAACAAGUCUACACUACAAUAUCAAGGGGCUUGGUCAAAAAAAAUGAGCAAUAUAGGAAUAAGCUAUCCAGCUUGACUUGAAUUAGGAGAAAAAGAAAAUGUUGGGGUACUCCCCUCUAUUCCAGAGAGGGAUAUACAAUAUAGGGGAGUCAGGGUCUCAGUUAGCUGCCCUAGAUGAAUUAUUUGCUUUGGAAAAGGAGGAAAAAGGAUCAAGUCAAGUCCUAAGACUUCUAGAGACAAUUCCUAUCUCGCCAAACUAAAGGAAAGGAGAAGAGCCUAUUCUAUUUCGAAAGAUCGAAUUCUAUACCAAAAAGCCAUUCAAACUUUCUGGCUAAACGAUUGUGUAAUAUAAAUUUUUCGGCUUCGUCAUCGAAAGUGGCUUCCAAUUGCUUGAAAAUUAUCAGCUAUAUGAGGGACUUGAUUGGUGAGCAAAAACAAUUGAUCAAGAAGUUGGUAAACUUUCGCAUGAGAAGAAAUGGCAAAAAAAAAUGAGCUAAAGCUAAGCGAACAAGGUACUGUCAAUUAAACAACUCGAGUAAAAAAGCUAGGAAAGAAAAAGGAAGGUUAGAUAUCUGCUUGUAUUUUUGGUUUAAAUGGGAUAGUCUUCAAACUCUCGAGAUGCAGUCUAGACUGCAGGCUCUCUCCUUUCUGACUGGACUGACGUGGGGAAGGAUCAAUUUGACCUCCUCCUAAGCAUGCUUCACAGUCACUCAUUCGUCCUGACCAAACACUAAAAUCUAUCUCUCAGCGAUUCUUUUCUCCGUUAAUCAUAUACCUCUUUCGAUUUCUUUCUCCGCUAAUCACUCUUUAUUUUUUAUUUAAUUGGCAUCUAAGUCUUUUUCUCAAACUCCACAGAUUCAGUCAACCUCGCAUUCAACGACUCCAAUUGGGCAAAAACUAGAGAUGUGAAGCCGCACUUGUCAUGAUUUUCUUUGUCUUUGUUUGGUGGAGAUCUACUUCUAUGCUUACUGGAGAUAGACUCCUAUGUUAAGUGUCUUUGUUUGGUUUUAUUUGUUGUGUUUGCACGUAUGGGCCAAAACCUAGAGUCAAGCCAUCUAUCCUUGUUAUGUAGGUCGAGCUACUCCAUUCCUCUUAUUUGAGUUUGAGUCCUUUGGCAGUGACAAAAAAAUUCUCAAGCUCUAAAGCAAGUGUGAAGACCAGCACCUCUUAAAAGUAAAGGCAUCCCCCACCUCAGACAAGUGAUAAACACCAAUGCCACCUUCUUGUGUGGGAUGAGCGAGGGCAUCCCAAAGGAGAAGAAAUGGUAGUAAGAUCAUUCAUUUUUUCUUUUGUGUCCGGGCACAGGGGAAGGGGAGGCGAGCGGGCUAUGAAAUACAACAUGGUUCGGUCAGUACAGUGCAGGCGCUGCAGAUCAUCAUAUCAAUUCGUGACUAGGUAGAUGGAAAUACGCCUUAGCCUUACCUUAGCACUAAGAAAGGGAUCUCAAGCCACCUAUUCGAGAGAGAGGUUAAGAGAUGUGAUGUACAUGAGACCGAGCCAGGCUCGCACGUUCGAUCCUUGUUUUCUUCAUAGCAAUUCAAAGAAAUGACGAAUCAAGUCUUUCCACUCAAGCAGAAAAGUACUCUCAGUGGAAAAGGUGCUACCUAAGCUGACAGCAAGCAAGGGCUGUCAAUUAGGACGGGGUGCUUUUAAUCCCAUCUCAACUCUGCUUAUCUUGGGUGGACUCAUCGAAAUCACGUAGCUUUACUUUAAGAGAAUUGGACGGACGCAAUCAGUAGACCCAAACCCUUUAGUCUAAACUAGGAAACGGAACAGGAAAGCGAAGCGGGACGAAAACCAAACGUGGAGAUUUUCUUUUCGCAAAAUCGUUGGUUACGUUCUUUUCUUGCUCGGUUCCUCCCGAGCCGACCAAACUUUAUGAUACUAUAGUGACCGAUGAACUACUUCUCGAUUGUGUGAAGGCAUUCGUCGAGUAAUGCCUUGCCUUAGCCUUCAGCCCCCUUUUUUCCCUAUUUUAGAGAUCCAUGCGAUCUGGGGCCAUACGUUUCUCGUACCUUACUACUACUAUCUAUAAAGCUGCUCUACCUGGCACUCACUGCUCAUUGCCUUCUUUCUUAUAGACUAGUAAGAUGAACGAGAGCUUGUGGCUUUUCGACUUUCUCGACAUGAUCUUGUGACUUUUGGAGCCUACCUUUAAGUAAGCGCCUGAAUCAAUUCAACAAAAAGAGGUAAAGCUUUAUCCCAAUGAAUAGAAGAUGCUCAACUCUAGACAACAUAGGGAUUGGCAUGCUUUCGGGAAGAAAAUAGAAUAGUAGAGGAUCCAACAUGCAGGACACGACAAUCAUUAGAAAUACAUGAAUUAGAGAUGCUGUAAUAUACUCUUUCCCAUAACUUUUCAUACCAGACCAACCUACUAAAAUACAAAUAGGGAUCAGAAAUGUGUAAGGACUCGAGCGAAGAGAGAAGGAAGAAGCCCUAAAAUCUGUCCUUUCAAAAGGGAUUGCUCAUGCAUUUGCCCUGAAAGCAUAACUGGAUUUAUAACGGGUGAUAAGCUGCAACCGGGGUCUUAUCUUAUAAAGUACAUGAUACGUGCCCGUUAAAACCAAAGAUAGCCUUAGAAGCCUAUGGUUUAAAGCCCUAGUAAGCCCAUCCCACGUGCCCUAUUCAAUCAAAGCAUCUCGGUCACUUUUACUUUUUCGUUAUUUCGUAAUCCCCAGGGUAUGAUACCUUUUAGCUUCACAGUGACAAGUCAUUUUCUCAUUACUUUGGCUCUCUCAUUUUUGAUUUUUAUAGGCAUUACGAUCGUUAGAUUUCAAACACAUAGGCUUCAUUUUUUUUAGCCUCUCAUUACCUGCAGGAGUCCCACUGUCGUUUCACUAAGUUCGAAGAUGAUGAAGAUGAAGCUGUCAUUAAGAUCAGCAAGCGACGAACUCCAGCUCAUGGAAUUUUAACAAUAAGCUAUAUGAAGAUGUCAUUAAAGAAGGAGAUUGGAGACAUGCUGUGAUUCAAGAACUAAAGAAAUCAAUGUCAUCAGUGCACAUGGCCAGGAAAGACUUGAAGUGCUUCACUACCUUAUGUGGCAAUUUAUACUACAAGAUGUCCGAUGGGGUCUUAGCUCAGUGCCUUGGCAUUGAAGAAGCAGCAAAGAGAUUUGAAAAAGUUCAUUAUAAGGUUCAUGAGAAACUUUGGCACAAGCUCGGUGAAGCUGUUGAUAUUUUACAGUGAAUGUAAAGCAAGGCAAAGGAAGCUCAGCUGAUAUGAGAGAUAGGGGAGAAGCUUGUCACUGGUGGUGUUACCAAUCUGUAAUUCACCGACAACGCAGCAUUAUUAUGUGAAGCAAAAGAAAGAUGUGCUGGGUAUCUCAAAUUCUUGCUUUACUGUUUUCUAUCAUAGUUAACUAUGAUACUAAGAUCUUCUUUGUUUAUUUGGGUGGCUAACCAGAUGCUGUGCGAUAUUUAGCUUGGUUGAUGACUCUCUCUCGAAAAGUACUUGGGGUUUCCAUUUCAUGCUUGGCAGUUGAGGCGAUCUGAUUGGAAGCUGUUGAUUAAAUGGAUAGACUGAUGAUUAGCAAGUUAAAAAGAUCAGUUUGUCUCCUCAGGAGGGCUCGUUGUUCUGCUACCUACCACCACAAAUUUUUUUUGUCCUUCUUACUCCUUGAGUGGGUAAUCAGACAUGCUGGUGUUAUUAGAUGAGACUUUUUUCUUUUGGAGACUUAGGGAGACUAGUAGAAGACCACUUAAGCUGGUAGCUUGGGAUCAUAUUUGUAAAUCCCAGGAUGAGGAUGGUUUGGAAGUUGUGUUCUUCUUGGAAAGUGAUUGUGGCAUGUGAUGGAGAAGCUCCUUGGUGUUGGUUGAUCAUGGGAGCUCACUAUAGACCGCAAGUCUAUUUUAUCAGAAGUUUGCCUUUGACACUGAAGAGUGGGGUAUUUGUCUGUCCUUUACUUUUUAUAAGAUAAUGAGUGAUGAUGUCUAACUAAUAACACUUAUUUACUUUCAGUGAGAUAGUUAUUUUAUUAAACUCCUGCUAGGGAAUGUUUCAUUUCCCCCUCAUCAUCUUUAUGCAAGCUGAUGGUGCAAGUGAUGUAUACGAGGCAGAGAUAACAAUUCAAAGCUUCCUUUUUAUCUUUUCUUUUCUUUUCUUUUUUUUUCUUUUUGUUUUCUUUGUUUUUUUUAGUCAAACUUCCUGUUGGUCUUCUGGGUAUGUUGAACCUUGAAAUAGCUCUCAGGUUAAGUUUCAAACAAUGUAGAGAGGAGACGCAGUGCAUAUACCAAAUUUUGCUGCAGUUUUAUGCCCUCAACCACCUGACGUGUGCCUUUCCUUUAUUUUCUUGUUGUCCAUAUUCGUAAUUUUAUUUUAUUUUUUAAUUUUUCCCCUGCUGUAAACUGAGAACUUGUUCAUAUGCAACAGGUUAGCCAAUUCCGAUGGCACAUCAUCAUUCCAUUGAGGCACAUCAAGAAAAUUUCCACCAAAUUCGGCAAGCCUACUCUCCGUCUGAUUUUUUUUUUUUUUUUGGUCAAUAUUUUUUAUCUUGAAUGAUGGCUGUGAUCCGAAUAAAUGGUGAUAUUUCUCCCAAUUAAGUGGUGAUAUUUCUAGAUGCUUGUUCAGGUGAAUUAAUAUGUGCAUCCUGACGUUGUAGCAGGGGGGCAUUGGUUUCAUAUAGAAAAUCAAGGUAUCUUUCAUAUAGAAAAUCAAGGUAUAUUGAAGGGAAGAGAAAAAAAAAGCACAAUGAGCAAGCUCAAGGUUUUUCCUCCCCCACCACCAUCCCACCCCCGAAGUCUGUUCACUGUACGGGCUUUAUAACAGUUGACCCGGGCGUUUUUGUUGAGAUAACUGAUAGAGAUUGUAUACUCUUUAUGCUAUUCACAACUUUUCCAGGUCGCAUGUUUCUUCCAUGCUUCGACCACCGACUUGGCUAUUUAAGCAAGUUGAUUCACAAAACACAUGAAAACACAAGCAGCAAGGAAGAAUUUGGGAGAUUGUAUGGGAACAAGCAAAUCAUUUGAACACGGAAUGAGGUUUUAGAGCAGAUCAGUUGGGAAAACAUCACAAGGUCUUCAAGCAAGCUAUGGGCAACCUCAUUGGAUGCCCAAAGAACAUCAUGUGCUCAGGAUCUCCUCGCCAAUUCUCCAACAGCAACCCAAGGAAGUACUGCUCCUCUAGUUCAAGCACUACAAUCGACUGCAGAACAAGAUGUUGCAUGUUUUCACUUCCCUGGACAUAACAGAGGGAAAGCAGCCCCAUCCUUGAUGUCUAAAGUUACUGGGAUGGAAACCUUUGUACAUGACCUACCCGACCUUCCCGAGCUUGAUGAUCUGUUCUCUCCAAAGGGUGUAAUUCUAGAUGCCCAGAUGCAAGCUGCAAAACUAUUUGGGGCAUCUGAGACGUGGUUUCUUGUUGGAGGCACCACCUGUGGCAUCCAAGCAUCAAUAAUGGCCACUUGUUCCCCUGGAGAAACACUUAUUCUUCCUCGGAAUUCUCAUAUUUCUGCAACAUCUGGUUUGAUUUUGUCUGGUGCAAUACCAAAGUACAUCAUGCCAGAGUAUAAUUCUCAUUGGGACAUUGCUGGUGGAAUAACACCAUCACAGGUCGAGACAGCAGUGAAAGAGUUGGAGGAAGAAGGAAAAACAGCAGCUGCAGUUCUGGUAACAUCUCCAACUUACCAUGGCAUAUGCAGCAAUGUGAGUGAAAUAACAAACUUCUGUCACUCCCGCGAUAUACCGGUUAUAGUUGACGAAGCGCACGGUGCUCAUUUUGGCUUUCACACCGAGUUUCCAAGCACUGCACUCGAACAAGGUGCUGACCUAGUUGUGCAAUCUACGCACAAGGUUCUGUGUUCUCUCACCCAGUCAUCUAUGUUGCACAUGUCAGGGAAUCUUAUAGACAGGGAAAGGAUAAGUAGAUGUCUUCAAACCCUACAGAGCUCCAGCCCAAGUUAUCUUCUUCUUGCAUCAUUGGAUGCUGCAAGAGCUCAGCUAAGUGACAAUCCAGAGACUAUUUUUAACCAAGCCAUGGACUUGUCCUUGGAAACUUGCCACCAAGUCAGGGCAAUUCCAGGUGUCUCCGUGUUGGAUUUAACAAACUUUAUCUCUGGCUUUCCUUCCAUCGACCCUUUGCGCAUCACUCUUGGUGUUUCACAGCUUGGUAUAUCAGGCUAUGUGGCGGAUGAGAUAUUAUGCGAACGACAUCAUGUAAUACCCGAGAUGGUAGGGAGUCGGUCAUUAACAUUUGCCAUCAACUUGGGGACUCGCAGGGAGGAUGUUCAAAGGCUUGUUUCGGGAAUAAAGUUUUUAUCAGAAAAUAUCUCCAGGGAAAAUGAGUUAGAAUUUAAUAUGGAGGAUAGUGGCUAUGAACCUUUUUCUAGUAUAACUAUGAGAAUGAGUCCUAGGGAGGCAUUUUUUGCCAAGAAGAGGAAGGUCGAUAUUGGAGAAAGCCUUGGGCAGAUAUGUGGAGAACUACUCUGUCCAUAUCCACCUGGUAUUCCACUACUAGUUCCUGGUGAAGUUAUAACUGAGGAAGCUAUACAGUAUCUGUUGGAUGCAAGAAGGAUGGGUACUGAAAUCAGUGGAGCAUCUGAUCAUCAACUAUCUUCCAUACUUGUGUGCAACGUAUAACUGAACAGUUAAUUUUUUAUUAAGAUUCUCUCUUUGGGAUUGUCCCUCUCAUUUUGGCUUGAAGAGCGAGCAGGAUAAGGUUAAGAAUGGAGGAGAGCCAUCUAGGACAAAGCUUAAAAAUGAAGAAAAUGGACUGAGAUGAGUUAAAAGAUUAGUAAGUGGUGGACUGAAUUCCAGCUAACUUGCUAUGCAUGGUCACGAAGUUCGAUGCCAAAAAAUGACAAUAAUGGAGUUGUAGAGCCCAAUUCACAAAACAAAGUUCAAAU